AGCUAUGACAGAUGCCUAAAAAAGCUGGAGGGUACAGUAUGUAUCUUGGAUUGCCAUUCACCUUAGCCUAGGUCACACAUGUUGCUCUGACUACAUGACAGGCAUAGGCGGUUCAGGAGCAGCACAUGCUGAGGCUUGGGAGUGCUGGGCUUAUUCCAGGAUGAAUAGCAAUGUAUUUUUGGCAAGCCACUUGCUUAGAUCUGCAGUGUACAGAACACAAGCUCUGACAGCGUCUGUGCUGAAGCCUGGCUGCUCGUGUACAUGGGGAGCACCGGAGGGCCCCUCUUCAGUAACGGUUCCUAAGGGAAAUAAUAAAGAACAAUGACUCGUGAAGAGGAAUUACCUGAUUGGCAGAAUUCUCAAGAGUUUUAUGAGAAAUAUGAGACAAAAGAGAUCCUGGGAAGAGGAGUUAGUAGUGUGGUACGUCGAUGUAUCUACAAGCCCACCAGGGAGGACCUUGCUGUCAAAAUUAUUGAUAUCUCUGGUGACCAUAUGACAAAAGAGGAAAUUAAGGAGCUUCGAGAAGCUACCAUUAAAGAGAUUGACAUAUUGCAGAAGGUCUCAGGACAUCCGAAUGUCAUCCAGCUGAAAGACAGUUAUGAGUCCCACACAUUUUUCUUCCUCAUCUUCGACCUGAUGAAAAGAGGGGAACUAUUUGAUUACCUGACAGAACAAGUUACCUUGAGUGAGAAGGAAACAAGGAAGAUAAUGCGAGCCCUUCUUGAAGUUGUGGUAUACCUGCAUUCCCAGAAUAUUGUUCACAGAGACCUAAAACCAGAGAACAUUCUACUGGAUGAUGACAUGAACAUCAAGCUUACAGAUUUUGGGUUCUCUUGUCAGAUUGCUGAAGGAGAGAAACUAAAAGAAAUAUGUGGUACUCCAGGAUACUUGGCCCCUGAAAUCCUCCAGUGCUCAAUGGACGAGUACCAUCCAGGCUAUGGUAAAGAAGUGGACAUGUGGAGCAGUGGUGUGAUCAUGUACACCCUAUUAGCAGGAUCACCCCCAUUUUGGCACAGAAAACAGAUGCUGAUGUUACGUAUGAUUAUGAGUGGAGAAUAUCAGUUUGGUUCCCCAGAGUGGGAUGAUCGAUCCGACACAGUUAAAGAUCUGAUUUCACGACUCCUAGUAGUGAACCCUGAGAGACGUUUUACAGCAGAGGAGGCACUAGCACAUCCAUUUUUCCAACAGUACAUCGUAGAAGAAGUGCGAUAUUUCAGUCCAUACAGGAAGUUUAAGGUGGUCUGUUUAACAGUUCUGGCCUCUGUCCGUAUUUACCACUACUACCGAAAAGUGAAGCCACUGACCAAAGAGAUUGUGAUAAGGGACCCAUAUGCAAUCAAGCCCAUUAGGAAGAUGAUUGAUGCGUGUGCGUUCAAGAUCUAUGGACACUGGGUAAAGAAAGGAGAGCAGCAGAACAGAGCGGCCCUCUUCGAAAACACAGCAAAAGCCAUUCUCCUGUCCCUUGCUGCAGGGUCCAGUAUAUCCUAAGAUCUUCAUGUGGACAAAACACUAUGCUUGCCUACUUAAAGUAACAGCAACUGCAAUACAAAUAUAUAUGCAUGUAUGUAAAUAUAUUUAUUCAAUAGAAAAUGUUUAUUUUAAAGCAAUUUUUCCAUCUGAGAAAGUGAUAGCACAUUGCUAGGAUAUACCAUCACUUCUGAUAUCCGAGACCCCCUUUGUUCCUCAUAAUGAAAGGGUCACUGCACUGGUGUAGAUCUGUGUCCAUGUCUUAAAGGGGUAUUCCAGUAGUUUGAAGUUAUCCCCUAUCCACAGGAUAGGGAAUAACUAUUAGGUCAGUGAGGUUCCUACCGCUGGGACCAUCACUGAUGAGAACAGGGAGCCCAACGAAUGGAGGAGCAGGUGGAGCAUGAGCCCUACUAUUCAUCUCUUUGGAACCUUCUGAAAAUAGCUGUACUUGGCUAGACAGUGGAUAACUUCAAAUUACUAGAAUACCGCUUUAGGUUUUUUUCUGCAUAGUGUUCAUCCUGACCAAGCAUGCAUGGUCCUAUAUACUUGAAUGGGGCUGUUCUGCAGUUGACUGUAUAGCGCUGCUCUGCAGGGAAAAACAGUAGAGGUGCAGCCUUACAGCAGCAUUGUGGCCGCUUCAUCCGCAGGAUCAGUGAGGCUCAUAAAGUGGUGGUAUAUCCUAUGAUGGGAAUAACCUUUUAGGAAAUUAGAAUUUUAACUUCAUACAAAUAUGUUUGCCAUUCGCCAGUUAUUGGGAUGCACCAGCUUUGUGACUCUUCUUUGCCGAAUAAAAAGUACAGUAUGCUGCCUUGGUAAAGGGUAGCAUGGUACAGGUAUGAAGCGUUACUAAUGAAAAAGGAUGCUUAUGAGCUCAGUGUAUUCAUGUAAAGAGCGUGCAGCCAUCUGCCAAGUAUUGAGUAAUAUAUACUACUGUUACUCAGAUAUUAGGAUGGGAGCAGAUCUCUAACAAUGGAUCCUAUAGUAGGGUAUGACUACAUGAGCAGGCUUUUUUUAUGUAAUCUUUGAAGCCGAAACCAGGAAUGGAUUAAUGAAAAGUGGAGCAGUGGUGUAUGUCCUUAUUAUUUACUUUUCUUUUAUGAUCCACAAGAUCUUGGCUUACAAAACUGCAUCGGUAUACUUGAACAUAGGCUGUAACCUUAAGGGUACUGCCCCAUGUUAAUUUUUAUGGGACUGCCGAAAAAAGCUGAACG